CUUCCCCGGGUUAGCGGGCCCUGGUGAAAAGCAGACAGCGGAGCAGCUGGAGGAGGUCCGGGGCAGGUGGGAAGCGGUCCGCCCAAAUCGCCAUUGGCGCAUGCGUUUUGGGAUCCAAAGCCAGCGCGGCACAGUCGCCAUUGCGGGGUUUUCUUCAGAGCCCACCUGGCGCCGGGCACUGGUAGACGCGGGGGCCCAGUCACUGGAAAUCAUUGGCUCAGGCAUCGGGCACUCACCCUCUCCCAUUCGGUUUGGACUGGCGGCGGAGGCAGAGUCAGGGGCUGUGAGGCUGGAAUCAUUGACGUUCCAGGAUGUGGCUGUGAACUUCACAAGAGAGGAAUGGGACCAGCUGUACCCUGCUCAAAAGAACCUCUACCGAGAUGUGAUGCUGGAAAACUACAGAAAUCUGGUGGCACUGGGGCAUCAACUUUAUAAGCCAGAGGUGAUCACUCAACUGGAGCAAGAUGAGCAGUGGAUGAUGGAAAGAGAUAGCCCACUGGACAUUCAUCCAGAUGGGGAAAAUAGACCUGAACUAAAAAAAUCAACUCCAAACCAGAAUAUUUCUGAUGAAAAUCAAACCAAUGACAUGAUAAUGGAGAGACUAACAGGAGACAGUUUCUGGUACUCCAUCCUAGGAGGACUCUGGGAUUUUGAUUACCAGUUAGAGUUUAACCAAGAAAACCAGCAGAGACAUUUAGGACAAGUAUAUUUCACCCAAAAAAAGAUCACACAGGAGAGAAGCCUUGAAUGUAAUAGAUUUGGGGAAAACUAUAAAAUGAACUCAAACCUUAUUAUGAAUCAGAGAAUUUCUUCAAUCAAAAUUCCCCUUAAUUCAGACACACGUGGAAAUAGCAUCAAACAUAAUUCAGAAUUGAUAGACUAUCAGGGAAACUAUGUAAGAGAGAAUACUUAUGAAUAUAAUGAAUGUGGAAAAAUCUUCAGUCAGCAUAUUCUUCUUACUAAUCAUGUCCAUACUGAAGAGAAACCCAGUGCAUGUAGGACAGCCUUCAGCCACAACUCAUCUUUUACUCAACCUCAAAUAGUCCUUACAGGAGAGAAGCCCUAUAAGUGUGAUGAAUGUGGGAAAAGAUUCAGCCAGAGGAUACAUCUUAUUCAACAUCAGAGAAUUCAUACAGGAGAAAAACCUUUUAUAUGCAAUGAAUGUGGGAAAGCCUUCCGUCAACAUUCAUCCUUUACUCAACACCUGAGAAUUCAUACUGGAGAAAAGCCCUAUAAAUGUAAUCAAUGUGGUAAAGCUUUUAGCCGUAUCACAUCCCUUACUGAACAUCAUAGACUUCAUACUGGAGAGAAACCUUAUGAAUGUAGUUUUUGUGGGAAAGCCUUUAGCCAGAGGACACAUCUUAAUCAACAUGAGAGGACUCAUACAGGAGAGAAGCCCUAUAAAUGUAAUGAAUGUGCAAAAGCCUUUAGCCAGAGUGCACACCUUAAUCAACAUAGGAAAAUCCAUACUAGGGAGAAAUUAUGUGAAUACAAUAAAUGUAAGAAAGCCUUAAGCCACAGUCCUUCACUUACACAGCAGCACCUUACUCAUGGGGUGGGGAAUCAUGUGAAUAUAUAAAUGUAGGAAAUUUUUCUCAGACCUUUCCAUCCCAUUCAAUAUCAAAUUUCACAGUGGAGAGAAAGUGUGUAAACAAACAUUUAAUGCACAGAAAACAAAUUUAGACCUUUAGUAGCAUAUUUUGUUCACAAGAGAGGUUAUAAAUAGUGAAAAUAAUUUAUGUCAUGUUCCAAAUCUGAUACAAAAUGUUUUUUAAUGACCAGAAAUUCUGUAAGCAAUAACUUGUAAUUAUUCACCUGUAAGUUUUAUGGUAUAAAAAUGUUUAAUUACAUAAACAUUAAUUAAUCAAAGCAAUGAUAUAGUGUACAGUCACAUAAACUUGAAAUAAACAGAAAAGAGCAACAUUUCU